GGGGACCGAGGGGGCCCCCGGGGGGGCCAGCAGGAACGUAAGGACCCCUACGCCAACCUCAUGCUGCAGAGGGAGAAGGAUUGGGUGUCCAAAAUCCAGAUGAUGCAGCUGCAGAGCACCGACCCUUACCUGGAUGAUUAUUACUACCAGAAUUACUUCCAGAAGCUGGAGAAGCUGUCAGCAGCAGAGGAAGUCCACGGGGAUGGUCCCAAAAAGGAACGCACUAAACUCAUCACACCUCAGGUGGCCAAGCUGGAGCACACCUACAAACCAGUGCAGUUCGAGGGCUCGCUGGGGAAACUCACGGUCUCCAGCGUCAACAACCCUCGGAAGAUGAUCGACGCCGUGGUGACCUCCCGUGGAGAGGAUGAGGAGACGAAGGAGAAGCAGGUUCGAGACAAGAGGCGCCAGACCCUCGUCAUGAUCGAGAAGACAUACAGCCUCCUCCUGGACGUGGAGGACUACGAGAGACGUUACCUCCUGAGCCUGGAGGGCGAGCGGCCGGCCCUGAUGGGAGAGAGGAAGCAGAAGAUCUGUGACAUGUAUGACAACCUGAGGGGGAAGGCACCCGGGCAGGAGAGGACCAGCGACGACCACUUCAUGCAGAUCAUGUGCAUCAGGAAAGGGAAACGCCUCGUGGCCCGAAUCCUGCCCUUCCUGUCACCAGAACAAGCUGCCGACGUCCUCAUGGCGACGGCCAGGAACCUGCCCUUCCUCAUCAAGAAGGAUGCUCAGGAUGAGGUGCUGCCCUGCCUGUUGAGGCCCUUUUCACACGUUCUCUACCACCUCCCCUUGGGGACUGUCACCAGCCUUGUGCAGCAGCUAACCAACCUACCUCAGAGCGCGAGCGCCUCGGCGCCCACCAACCUGCACCUCACUGCUGUGCUCCAAAACAAGUUCGGCCUGUCCCUGCUGUUCCUGGUCCUGAGCCGUGGGGAGGAGCUGCAGAGCUCAGAGGCCACCACGGAGCUCCAGCAGGACAACCAGUGGUGA